UUGGUCGCGAGCACUCUGUGUUGUGAAUCUCGGGCAGUUCGCGUUAGCGCCGCUGAGCAGAGGACCUGGAUUCAGGUGGGUUUAUUACCGAGACACCGCGACAGACAUGCCGCCGAAGAAACCAGCUCAACCUACGGGUAAUAAGAAAACCCAGGAGAAGAAGAAAGAAAAGAUUAUUGAAGACAAGACUUUUGGAUUGAAGAAUAAAAAAGGAGCCAAACAGCAGAAGUUCAUCAAAGCCGUCACACAGCAGGUCAAAUAUGGGCAACAGAACGCCCGACAGGUUGCUGCUGCUGAAGCCAAUAAGAAAGGAGACAAGAAGAAGGAGAUCUCGGAGUUGAAUGAACUCUUCAAACCUGUAGUGGCUGCACAGAAAGUCAGCAAAGGUGUGGAUCCAAAGUCAGUUCUGUGUGCGUUCUUUAAACAAGGCCAGUGCACUAAAGGGGAUAAGUGUAAGUUCUCCCACGACCUCAGUCUGGACAGGAAGUGUGAGAAGCGCAGUGUGUACGUGGACGUACGAGAGGAGGAGCUGGAGAAAGACACAAUGGAGAACUGGGAUGAGAAGAAGCUAGAGGAAGUCGUCAACAAGAAGCACGGAGAGGCUGAGAAGAAGAAGGCCAAGACUCAGAUCGUGUGUAAGUACUUCCUGGAGGCUAUAGAGAAUAAUAAGUACGGUUGGUUCUGGGUGUGUCCGGCGGGAGGAGACAGCUGUAUGUAUCGCCAUGCUCUACCUGUCGGCUUCGUCCUGAAGAAAGACAAGAAGAUGGAGGAGAAAGAGGAGGACAAGAUCUCACUGGAGGAACUCAUCGAGAACGAGCGAGCAGCUCUGGGGGCGAAUGUGACGCGCAUCACUCUGGAGACGUUCCUGGCCUGGAAGAAGAGGAAGAGGCAGGAGAAGAUGGCUAAAAUUCAGCAGGACAUGGAGAGGAAGAAGGCCGACUUUAAAGCAGGAAGAGCUCUUGGGGUGAGCGGACGAGAGGUGUUCGAGUUCCGGCCUGAGCUGGUCGACGAUGACGAUGAGGAAGCAGACGAUACCAAAUACGCCACCGUAGAUGAUGAUGAUGAUGAUUUCACACCGAUGGUGGAGGAUGAGGAGGAGGAGGAGCAGUGCCAGGACAUCGACGUUGCCCGGUUCGUCCUUAAAGAGGUGGACAGCGCGGGGAUAACGGUGGCAGCGGCGGACAGGUUCUCCCGAGUCCAGCCGAGCAGCGAGACAGAUGACCACAAACUGAGUGAGGCUUCGGGCGGGAUCGAGAACGGUGAGGACCACACGCUUGAGGAGGGCGGAGCCAGCACCGACAGUGAUGGAGGUGGGGCUGGGGAAGAGGAGGCGGAAUCGGAGGCAGUACCGGUUGAUGAGAAUCUGUUCACAGGGGAGGAUCUGGACGAACUGGAGGAGGAGCUUAACACUCUCGACCUGGACGAGUAACACUCGAAACUCAAUACGAACAAUCUUUUUUUUUUUUUUUUUUUUUUUUUUUUUUUCUUUUCUUUCUUUUUUUCCUUCCUUUUAUUUUCUCUCCACCAAUCAGAUCAGCCGUAGAGGAAACAGCUCAGUGGACAUAUGAGAAUAAAGAUGAUGAUGAUGAUGAUGAUGAUGAUGAUCAGGGUCAUGUGACACUUUGGUCCAAACUGCUUUCAUUCAGGCGUAAUGAACUUUAAAUCGGAUGUUUUUUCCCCAUCGUAAUAAAAGCAAACGUGUUUUAGCGCAACAUUUUAGGAUACGUUACUAAAACACGUGUCCUCGGUCCCGAGAGCUAGCCUCUGUCAGCUGUGUUUGUCCAAACAGUGAACAGAAUUGUACUACUUUUCAAACGGGACCUCACUGCCUACAUAGGCAGCCUACUUCUAAGUGGAAUUCAGCGGGGGCGGAGCCUCGGUUAAAUCUACUCAGCCAACCACAUCAACCCACCUGAUCAUGUGACAUUGCCACGUUUCACGUAUUUGACUUGCUGAAUACUGUUUUAACUUCAACUGUUAUGAUUUAGCAGCUAUGCUAGCAAGCAAACUGCUAAUGAUGGCCAGUUAACCAGUAACAUUUAGCAGUAGGCUACCUGAUAUUGUGUAGCUGGUAAGGUACAUGAAUACAGCAUUGUCCUAACAUUAGCUUGACAUACAUGCAGCCUUUUUCUUUCAGCAGCUGGUUAACUUGUUAGCAUAAUGAAAUUGUUAGCUAUCUGCUUAUGUAGCUAGCCCAGUUUGCAAACGAAUUCACCAGCUUUAGCUGAACUACUGUGUUGUCAUUUGAAGGGGGGCAUGUUAGCUAGCAAGCUAAAUGUGGCACUGUGCCAGUGUUAGCAUGGUAUCUAGCAGGAGUGGUAUGCAAACUAUUGUAGCAUCCUAGCUAACGCUAAGUGUGGUAUUACAUUGUAUAAAAGUUAGCUAAUGCUGAGAUGCAUGUUGUCACAUGAUUAAGUGUAACCUAAGCUCCGCCCCCUGGUGCUUUAUUCUGCUGUUUGAAUUCUGACAAAAUAAAGGUUUCACCUGCUGAGUGUGUGAUCUGAAGGGUGUACAGGGGUGUGUGUGUGUGUGUGUGUGUGUGUGUGUGUGUGUGUGUGUGUGUGUGUUUUAUCCUCCUGGCCAAGGUGAAAGUGUAAAUAAAGCAUAUCGUAGACUGA